UUCACACGCACUGCUUGCAAGUAGGGCGCUCUCAUCCUCUCACUCACGCGCCCACACGGAGAUUCCUUUUGCUUUGGCGUCUCCUACGGCACUGCCUCUUGAUUGGCUUUCCACCGAAAAGGGGAAACCUUAAUCCCCUUCCUUCUUUGAGAGGGUUGAAGCUUUCGCUCACUCGUUCUUCUGAAUCUGAAAGUAGCGAGAACAGGAAUCGGCAGGGGAGAGGCUCUCGCGAACGCCACCGUUACGUGUUGGUUCGUGAACGGAAGCGUAAAAGGAUUAGCAGCUUGGUCUCCUGUUUGGGGAGGGGGACGGUGGGGGGAUCAUGGUUUCCCUCUCGCAGGAUCCGGCGUGCUCCGCCGUUGAGCUGGCCAAGUCCCAGGCCCCCGCCGCUCGCUCCAUGCGGACUCUUCGAUCCAAGUUCGUCUUGCACGCCGAUCUCCCGCCGUCGGACGUCUUCUCCCUCGCGGACUCUGGCGACAUCGACCUCACCCUGCUCGUCUCCUCGCCUUCUUCGUUUCGCGACGCCCACGACUUUCUAGACCUCUCGCAGGCCUUCAGCGACUUCUCGGCCUGCAGCAGCGACAUCUCCGGCGAACUGCAGCGCCUCGCGUCGAUCCCCCCCGGCUCUGACGAGGCUGAUCGGGAGAGUGCUGCCUCUCCCGAGGAGCUCGAGCUAGGGCUGGGGUUUGCCGAGCAGCAGCCGGAAGAUGAGGAAGAGGAGAUUCUUGGGUUCCUGGAGAGCAUGGACGCCGAGGAGCUGGAACCCACGAUCAGGAUUUUCAUCUCUGCUCUAGGGUCGCCGUCUGCAUCCGCCAAGCGAAGCGCCGCUGGGAAGAUCCGCCUCCUUGCAAAAAAUCGGGAACAGAAUCGCGAGCUCAUCGGCCGGACAGGAGCAAUCCCGCCCCUCAUCGGCCUCCUUCGGUGCCGCGAUCCGGUGACGCAGGAGUAUGCUGCCACGGCACUGCUGAACCUGUCGCUCUACGACGCUAAUAGGGCGGCAAUAGCAGCAGCCGGCGGGAUCAAACCGCUCGUCUACGCGCUCAAGACGGGCACAGCCGUGGCGAAGGAGAACUCAGCUUGCGCACUCUCGAGCUUGGCGAUGGUGGAGGAGAACAAGAGUUCGAUCGGCGCGGCCGGGGCGGUGCCGGCGCUUGUGGCGCUGCUGAUCGGCGGUUCAGCGAGGGGAAAGAAGGAUGCCCUCACGGCUCUUUACAAGUUAUCAUCGCUUCGCCGGCGAGCUGUCACCGCCGGAGCCGUGAAGCCCCUCCUGGAUCUGAUCAGCGACCGCGACUCUGGCGUAGUGGAGAAGGCGGUGGUGGUGCUAAGCAGCCUGGGGACACUGGCGGAGGGGAAGGCCGCGAUCGUGGAGGAGGAUGGGAUCCCCGUCCUGGUGGAGGUGAUCGAGGAUGGAACUCAGAAAGGAAAGGAAUUCGCUGUGGCUACACUUCUGGGUCUGUGCGUCGAUAGCGUGUCCAACCGAACUCUGCUAGUUAGAGAAGGGGGGAUACCGCCACUGGUGGCGCUCUCGCAAACCGGAACCCCGAGGGCCAAGGCCAAGGCAACAACGCUUUUAAGGUAUCUUCGGGAGCCACGGCAGAGCAGCGCACAAGAUGAAGGGUUCGAAACUUAACCAGCUCCUUCUGGAGGGAAGGAGGCAGGGAGGAUGACGAGGUAUUAAUGAAUGAUCUCCACUGACUUUCUAGGAGGACGGUUUUUAUGUAAAUAGUGGGAUGUAGCCUUCCCUUCUCUCAUGUUGUACAGCUUGCAUAUGACGGCACCCUAGCAUUAUAGUUGAAUCCAAUGCCACUUUCUAUAUUUGAUCUCCCCUUUUCUUUUUUCCUUCUUUCGGUUCCUGUGUGGUAUGGAAUCUCGCAGCCCCCACUCUUUUGCCCUCACAGAUGGAUGAUUGUUGCAGCAUUUGCUCCGUGUUUUUGGAAGAAAGGAAGAGGGCGGUGGCCCUAUGGGAUGGUCAGGGGGCUGGCGCGUUGUAUUGCAAACUUCACUUGAUUUCUUCUCUUUCCUCUGUUGGUUGUGUAGAUUGAGCAGAUU